GUCUCCUGCGUGGUGACUCAGGCCGGGCAUGCUGGGUGUUGCUGGAGUUUUCCUGACAUCUUGGUGUGGACAGAAGCAGGAGGAUGAACAGGGCGUCCGACUGAUGUGAAGUGGAACAGAGCUACGCGGAAGUCAUGAGUAUCAGAUAUGUUACCUGGAGAUCAUUUACCUGUGGACGAGAGGGAAGAGCAGAGCAACCAAACUAAAGGUGGAACGUUUUUAAAUUCACAACAGGAAAUCCCUUCAGCUCCGGACUCUGUUAGCGGAGGAAAUACCUUCCACACUGACCUCAUCAGCACCCAGCCUCUGCCUGCCUCUCCAGAGGUGGCAGGGCCGAGGAGACCGUGUGACCCCCAGAAGCCCACCUGCCCUCGAUGUGGCCUCACAGUGCCGGACCACCGACUCCUGCCUGCUCCCCGGGCCCAGAGGGGCCUGCAGGGCUCCAGUCUGUCCGUGCACAGCAGCGGCAGCAGGAGGAAGAGGAGCAGGGGCAGUGUGGUCAGCUCACACCAACCUGCAGCCGCAACAAGUGACUCCUGCGUUCACCUGCUGCUGGCGUGCCUGUCGUGCCAGUGCUCCGUGCUGCUGCUGGGCCUGCUGGAGGCCUGCUCCUCCUGCCUCCACGCCCUCUGCUCCUCAUGCUGCCACGCCUGCGCCCGCUGCUGCUCGGCCAUCCAGGAGGCGCCCGUGGAGGAGCUCAACUGCGACGCCCACUGCCACUCGGUCAUGUUCGAGUCCUGCUGUGAGCCGACGGAGUGUCUCGAGUUUUGCCUCGAGUGCUGCGAGAUCUGCCAUCGCAACUAG